CCAGACUCUGCUACAGUGCAGCUACACCAACUGACAGCAGGAUCAUGGCAGGCAUAGCUCAGGGCAUGCAGGCCCUCUCCCUCUCCGGCAAGUCAAAGCUGGAGCAGGAAAUGUACAGACAGCUGGAAGGAGACAACUACAAGGAUGUCGUCGUCUUGGCCAGCAAAAAUGCGAAUCAAGUAACUUCACUUGGCUUGCUCUACCAGGCCUAUGCUCUCUAUCGCCUUGGGAAAGAGCAGGAAUGCAUUGAUCGGUUAUCCAAAGUCACAGAUGCAGCAUCAAGUCGGGUCGUGAAGCAUUUGAAGGCUCAGGCAUACUAUCGCUUGGAGGAACCCAGUCAAGCGCUGGAGCAGUAUGCUGCUCUAUCUUCGAUCUCUGGCACCAAGGCCAUCAAUGAGGAGGACGAUCUUGCAGUCAAUAAGCUCGCUUGUCAGGUACAACAAGCCAAAGACGCAAUAGCCAGCGAAGAGUGUGAUGUGCCGUCAGACGACCGUCCGCACGAGCAACACUUCAACUACAGUCUUGUAGCUGCUGCUGCAGGAGACGCACAAUCAGCACUGCAACAUCUGGAAAAGGCUGAAAGAGCGCUCAAGGGCAUUCAGCUGGAUGCCGAUGAUGAAGCGUACGAAAUGGCACCCAUCCACCUACAGCGUGCACACUUGACAGGCGAUGCUUCACUCAACAUCAAAGCCAAGACACUCAAGACAGAUGCCGUCACACAGUUCCUAGCGACGGUCAAUUUUCUUGAUUUUGAAGGAAACCCGUAUGCACUGCACAAAGCCUACAAGCAACCCCUCAAGUCCUCUGCGCGGCUCUUUUCCAACCAAGAACGUCUUUUGGCGUACAAUAAAAUCAUUGCAGCGGAUGCAGUCGGUGUGAGUAUCAGAAAGGCAGUGGAUGCAUAUUGCACCCAGUACGCCCAAAUUGACUCGAGGCGAUGUGCAGCAUUACGUCAGCUGCUCCUUAAAAGGACAACCCUUCGUGCGCUACAGGACAAAGUAGCAGAUGAAUCAGUCAAGAAGCAAGAUAGAGCAGCCGCAGCAGUCGUGGCCAUCUCUCGACUCGUCACACAGCCAAGAGGGUUUGCUCGGUCGCUCGCCCUAUUGGAAGUGAUGCCGCUUGCAGACCACCCAGGCUUGCUUGCCCUGCAAUGCUGUUUGAUGGAUGUUGUCCACGGAAAACCAACAGAAGAUGCUAUCACCCGAAUUGAAGCAGCCUUGUCCUCUGCUACGGCAAACACACGGGGUGCUCUCUUGGCAGGUCUCAUACAAAGACGUCUGCAACUUGAACGAACAGAAUCACAAAAGUCCGCCAUUCAACAAGCAGCGACCCAGUUGCUACAACUCGAUGCACGUCAUCCAGUGGCAUUGGCCGCGCUUGCGAUCGUAGAUCCGUCAGCAUCGCAAGAGAUGCGAUUGCCUGACUUGUCGGGUAUUGAUGUUGAUGCACUUGAACGCAACUUGCCACUCAAACGAUCACGCGAGGAGCAGACGCAGGCACCGCGUCCAGUCAAGGCCAAGAAGGUCAAGACGGAGGAGCAGCUGAAACAAGAAAGCAAUUUGGACCCUGAACGCUGGCUACCGAAGCGUGAUCGUGCAUCGUACAAGCCGACACGCCAAGAAAAAGCAAAAGGUGAAGGCGCCCAUCAAGGUGGUGCGGUAGAUGAGCGGCUUGGUGAAGCGCGCGUCAUGACUCCCCUGAUGGAGUCUGCGGCCGGUGGCAAGGAUAAGAAGAAGAAGGGCAAGUCCAAGAAGUAAGCACUAGCAUCAACAGAAAAAAGGGCCAUUGCUAUGCAUUCUAUCAGAGUUCAAACAUUUGAGUCGCAGCAAGAUGCAUGUGUAUAGACCAGCUAGAGCACACCUUUCGCUCCGAGAGAUCUUAUACAAUAUC